CUCACGAUUACAAAUCGCUUGUUUAUAUAAUGCUUACCUUAAGUUAAGUUCCUUAGGGAGGAUUUUUGUAGCAAGGACAGUCGAAUUCGUGUCGAAUAUGGGUGACAGAAAUGCCCAAUAUCCCUUCAAGGUUACGAACGUGGUCAAUGUUAUCAACAGCACGUCCCCAACGUUAACUGCUGGUGGUGGUGGUGGUGGAGGAGGAGGUGGUGGUGGUGGUGGUGGAGGUGGUGGUGGAGGUGGUGGUGGUGGUGGUGGUGGUGGUGGUCGUCGUCGUGGUGAGGGUGGUGGCAGUAUAUCUUGGGAGGAGUAUCUUAAAUCUGGAGUUGCAAUUAAUUGGAAUCAUCCUGAUGUCAUAUAUCAUGCUAAUAAACUUGGUAUCCCAAUACCAGCAGGAUCAUCUUCCAAUGGUGGUGGUGGUAAGGGUGGUGGCAGUAUAUCUUGGGAGGAGUAUCUUAAAUCUGGAGUUGCAAUUAAUUGGAAUCAUCCUGAUGUCAUAUAUCAUGCUAAUCAACUUGGUAUCCCAAUACCAGCAGGAUCAUCUUCCAAUGGUGGUGGUGGCGGUGGACGGUGGUGUUAUAAUGCAUGUGGACAACGGGUAUGGAUACCGUAAGUUUGCCUUGCUUAUUGCGAUUUAUAUUGCCAAACGGACGAAGCCCACCUCUCUCCCUUCUUUCUCUGUCCCUUUUUUCGCUUCUUCUACUUGUUUUUUAUUUUGAUAUCUUUAUUUCUGUAUUAUCUUUUUUUAGGGUUCGUGUGGUCUGAUCGGGAGGAGAUGUUGUAAUUGCUAUAUUUAUGUGUAGUGUCUUAUGUAAUUCUGAAGGGUUUAC